AUGGCGGGAAGAAGCCCCCCCCUAAAAAAAAAAAAAUUAAGAGGAAGCGAGGAGGCCCACUUUAUAGGAAGAAGGCAAAAUGAAGCCAAUUCGAUGGAGACAAAUAUUCUAGUAACACAAAAUAAAGAAAAGGGGGAAUUGGAAAAAUACACAUGUGGAAAGGUUUGGCUGUACAGUAAAAUAAAUAACCUAUAUGCACGUUUUAACAUGCUUAAGAUGAGCAUCCAGAGGGGUGACCACCGCGAAGAGAAGGGGAAGGUUACGACCAUCACGAAGAUGAGCAGAAAGAGAGGCGAUGCGCAACGCUACAUACAUGAACAAAAAAAUGUUAAAAAAAAAAAAAGGACAUUCUCUGACAUUUCGAAUGAAAACAAUGUAGACACAGAAAAGACGGAAGGAAGAAACCAUCCAAUGAUGUUCCAACAUUUAGAAAUAUUAAAAUCUCUACUGUCUAUUUACCAGUUUUACAGAACGGAUGAUAGUAGUGGGGACAUGGGACUCCCCCCCGGGGGGGGCACACAUGUUGCUGCUGUGUACAAGGUAACUGUGCCAAGGGAGGAAAAAACUGGCGCAGAAAAUGACAAAAUUCAAAAUGGCAGCAUUAAAAAUGGGCUCAUACAAAAAUACAAUUUUCAGGAAAAUGAAAAAUACAACAAAAGUCUGAGUGACAUUUUCUCCUCCAUCGUAAAUGACAAGUGUGGAUUCUUCUUUAUAUUCAAUGCCAUAUUUUUUACAAACUUAAAAAACUUUUAUUAUUUUGUAGACAUAAUAAACGUUUUAAACUGUUUGGGGAAUGGAAGGAGCUUCACCAAGGGAGGUAGACCUAUCGAGAAAGACAUUUUAAUAUAUGAACAAAUUGCCUCAUUCGUGGAAAAUUGCUACUGCUGUUUCGUGGAUGAAGUAGAUAAUGGGUGCAACUGCUUCUCCUUCGAUCAGGGCUAUCCAAGUGGGAAUAGUACAAAAUUAAUGCAUACAAGGAAAAUUAACACAGAUAAGGUGGAAAAGAUAAAAAAUAAAUUAAAGGAACUUAAGAGGGAGAAAUCGAACGAAGAAUUGUUAUUCCUCUCUAUGAAUGAAUGCAAUAAAAAAAUAUUCCAACAGUUUAGUAAAAUUCCAGAUUUGUUUUCCGAUAUGACAGAGAUUAGUGAAUAUAGCAGGAGUGAUCCUUCCAAGGGGAAGUACUCCCUAAGUGACUAUGCCCCGACCGAAAUUCUUCACGCACAGAGCAACAAUGACUUAAGCAGAAGCAGCCUAGAAAGGAAAAACACUAUUUUACUGUACAACCAAAGUGAUUACGCUAAAGCAGGAACAUACGAAGAUUCAAGAAGUGGUAGUCUACACAUUUUGAAAAACUCCCUUUCGAUAAUGUCAGAGAGUCAUCCAUCUGGAGAGGAUUUCCAGGAAAACAACUCGCACAGCCCCGCCAAGAGGGACACCGUGCCCAAGGGGGAAAUGCCAUUCGUGGGUGACUACCCCAAUGAACAAAGUAACAAACUGAUUAACUCAAAUGAACAUACGAAAAAGGGAUACAUAAAGAAUUUUUUUUUAAACUUGUUUAAAAAUGGGCAGACAGACAAACAUACAGAGGGAUCUGCUCUUCCUGCUGCGGACGAAAGGAACAUUUCUCCUGAAGGGGAACUACCCAAAUUGAACCUCAAUGAUAAGAUCCCAGACGGGAUAAAUGGAAAUGACACAGAACGUGACAACGAAAGGGAUAUGUCAGAAAUUAAUCAUCUCCUUCCAAUUGGGGAGCCAGAAGAGGGUAUUCCUCAUGUGGAAAGCAACACAGGGGGUGCAUGGGAAAACCAUCCAGAGAGGGAUGAAGAGAAAAGUGAUGAAGCCGAAAGUAGCGAAUCCAUAUCUGACGAAGGGGAGGCACAACAGUCUGAUGACAGGCACUUAAAAGGGGGAUGCUCCACGGUUAAAGAACCAAGCGAGGUGGCAUCGCCGAGCGAGCACUCUGGAGAACAAAGAUGGGCAAGCUCUUCUCUGUCCAUGUCAUCUGCAGAAGAGGAGCAAAGUAAAAGCGAGAGCGCGAAUAGUGAACUGGAAGAAGUAGAACCCCUCAGUGAUGACAAACGAGAGGAGGAUCCAAAGACCUGUCCUGGCAUGACGGAAGAGAGGGACAUUCAACAGAAUGACGGAAAGGAGAAUAACCAUCAACUAUGUGUCGGUGAUAAUGGAGAAGGAGCGACGGAGGAGAGUUCCCCAGAAGAAAUUCCAUUGCUCCCUUCGCAGACAGAAGUGAAUCAAGUGAACAAAACGGAGAAUCACAAUGAUGAAGAAGUGGAAGAAGUGGAAGAAGCGGAAGAAGCGGCACUGGGGGGCGACUCCCAGGAAGAGGACCCACUCGAAUGUAACGAAAUGGAGGAAAAUACAAUUAAAGGAAAAGCUAUGGAUGAUGGUGAAAAGGAGUUUCACAAGUUUAAAGAAGAAGAGAGCAAACCAGAAAUAUUUUCACAAUGUCUGGAGCAGAGUGGUGAAGUGCAUAAAUGCCAAGGUGAGAAUGAUAACAAAUUAGUGGACAUUGCAGAGAGUGAAAUUUCCGCGGGCCAGAUGCAAAACGGGGGAGGUGCAAAUGAAGGAGAUCAGUCGAAUUGCAGUAACCCCAACGGGGAGGAUGAAAUCAGCGCGCAGAACGGAGUCGGAUUUAUUACCAUAACAGGUGAGGGGGAAGGAACGAUUGUUGUAGCAGGACAGGGAGAACAGGUGGUAGACUCCUCAGAUAAGUUGGACGAAUGUAAGAGCGAGCAUGAUGACGCAGAAAAGGAAUGUGCUUGUGAAUCUGACAAGGUGGAAGAUCCCUCAAAGGAAGGAGAAGACGCGUCUAGUGAAGGAGAAGCCUCUUCAAAGGGGAAAUUUUCAUCUAAGGAGGAAGAAAAGGAGGAACAGGGCUUGGAUGAGCCCCCACAAAAAAUAGAGCGUACGGAGGAGGGGCAAAAUGGAAAUCUGAACGGUCAAGUGAGCCAAUCGGAAAAGGAAGACAAUGCGAACACCCCAGAGGGUGGCCACUCCAUUCUUAGUGACGACGAUAGUGACGACAGCGAUAAUGGUGACAGUGAGGAAGAUGACGAAAAAGAGGAAGAUGUAGAGAACGAAGAGGAAGAAGACGAAUACAAUGAUGAUGAUGAAAACGAUGAGCACGAAGAUGAUGAAGAAGAGGAGGAGGAAGAAGAUGAAGAUGACGAUGAUAACGAUGACGACCAGAUCGUUCAUUUCCUCAAGUCGUCUAACAGAGGCAACCCGGACGGUGGGUGGUACGCGGAGUACCUAAGGAACAUGCUACGCUGCGACAAAAAAUGCACCGUGGAAAAUCACGCCGAGGAGAAAGACCUGUUCCUCAGCAAGGUGAAAAAAUUAAGUAAUCUGGUAAAGUACAAAAAGUUUAAAGAAAAGUACACAAAAAAAUGGGAAGAGAAAAUAGCGCUAUUCAAAUGUAACAAGUUGAGAAGGGCAUAUAAAAUAUUUCUUGUGAUCGUAUUUUCCAUCGUAAAAGAAAUUAAAGAAUUGAAAAAGGAGCUGAAAGAUAUGAGUCAAUUUGUUUUUAUCAAUUCGGGGAUCGAAAAUUAUUUAAACGAAAAUAAUAUGUCAACGGUGAGAAAAAAUAAGGAGAGCGGUGUAGGGGCAAACCGCUUCGACGAUUACCACCUGGGCAGUGCCAAUCUGAUCAGCGGAAGUGACAAUGUCAUUAAUAGCUUCUUCCUAAUGAGGACAUUCCAAAGUGAAGAUUCCGAAAAGGAUUUCAAUGGAAAAAAAAAAAAAAAAAAAAAAUACAUUUCCUAUGUCCCACUGGAGAAUUAUCACAUCUUAUUCCAAUCGAUAGAGGAAAUAUUCAAUGAAAAAAAUGUGCAAGAAAAAUUAGCAAACAUUUCAUACUACAUCGAACUGGACAAAUAUAUUCCUCACUAUUGCAGCUUAUUUUUUCGCCAAUUUAAAAUAAAGAAGCAAUUAUUGUCGCACAUACAGAGCUUAUAUAAUAACUCAGUACCCACUGUUGAGUGUGUAAAUAUGUUCAUCGCUUGUUUGAAUAAUAAUUAUUCAAAUAUACUUAAAAAAAAAUUCGUUUUUCAAUGCGAAUUGAAUAAUAGCUACUUGGCUAAACUCCCCUGUGUAUACUGUUGCGAUGUUCAAAUUGUGAGGCAUGUAGAUUUUUUAAAAUUAAAAGAAACAUGCCAAAGGAUUAUUAAACAGAAGAAAAUUCACCAACUCUUUGUUGAUCACCUUUCUUCGUCGUUACUAGAUGAAUCAUAUUUUAUUGUACCAUUUUUUACUUCCUAUGGAAAAUUUUUAAUCGUUAUCAAAAGUAGUAGGAGUGAUAACCCAGAAUAUUCUUCAAUGGAUAUUUUACAAAAUAAAAACCUUCUCACAUAUGAUAUCCUUAUUAACAGUUUUGUCUUCCCCAAUGGAAGUAGCUUCCAAGCCAUUGUUCACUUGUCUUAUGUUUUUAUAAACACUCUCCGUGAUUUUUUCAAAACAAGGAAUUCCGAUGAGAAUAUCCCCGAGAUUGCCUUCCUCAGUUUACCCCACUUGGACAAGCAGAAACUUCUGCACCACGAGAUGGAGUCUUCCACUAACCGCGCGGACAUCAUCGUCAGUGUGUUAUUCCUGCUCGAAGCCUUCUUCAACAACACGAAGAAGAUGAAGCCCCCCGCGCAAUUCAACCAAGGAUUACGCUUCCUCUACAUUAUCAGGCUACUCGAAUUUUUCCACCAAAAAGGAAAUCUGUGA